AUGAAAGAACUUUGUCAGUUCAAGCACUUUCUUGGUCUAGAGAUUGAUCGUGUUCAAGAAGGAAUAUUUCUUUGUCAACAAAAGUAUUCUAGAGAUUUGUUGAAAAAGUUUGUAAUGCUUGAGUGCAAACCAAUUUCGACUCCGAUAGAGCCAAACACCAAAAUGUGUGCUCAUGAAGGGAGAGAUUUGGAAGAUGUAACGAUGUAUCGACAAUUGGUGGAUAGUUUGAUCUAUUUAAAUUUAACCAGACCUGAUAUUUCUUAUGUAGUUGAUGUGACGAGCCGGUACAUGCAAAAUCCAAAGAAGCCUCACUUGGAAGCAGUUCGGCGAAUUUUAAGAUAUGUGAAGAGUACGCCUGGCUAUGGUGUCUUGUAUGAGAAAGGUGGGGAUUGCAAACUAGCUGGUUAUUAUGAUGCUGACUAUGCAGGUGAUCAUGAAACCCGACGCUCAACUACCGGGUAUGUCUUUAUGCUUGGGUCUGGAGCAAUUUCUUGGUGGAGUAAAAGGCAGCCAAUUGUAUCUUUAUCAACAACAGAAGAAGAAUAUCGAGCUAUAGCAAUGGCAGAUCAAGAGAGCACUUGGCUUAUACAAUUGUUGAAGGACCUGCGUCAACCAACUGAUUAUGCAGUUCCUUUGUAUUGCGACAACCAGUCGGCAAUACGUUUGGCGAAGAAUCCAAUCUUUCAUGCAAGAACUAAACAUGUGGAGGUGCAUUAUCAUUUUAUUAGGGAAAAAGUUCUACAAGAGGAAAUUGUAAUAGAACAUAUUAAGAUAGAAAACCAAGUUGCAGAUUUGUUCACAAAAGGCUUAGGUGGCAACAAGUUUGAAAGUUUCUGCAAGCAACUCGGGAUGGUAGAAAGAACCAAGGCUGGUGUUGAGGGGGAGUGUUAA